AUGUCCUGUAACAUUAUUGUGAUGGUGAUAAGUUUUAGCUGUGUCUUCCGAAUGGAAACUGUAACGGCUACAAAUUCAACUACGAGUUCUUAUAGUUCUCGCACCUCCCGUUCUUUGCUGACCAAAACGGAUGCCUAUGUUGUGAAAAAUCAAAAACAGUGUCUUGAAACUCGUAGCAUUGUGUCGUGUAUUAAAUAUAAAGCAUCGAAAAUUGUUUGGAAAUUGGCUACGAAUAGUUUGGGAUAUUUCCCGCAACAAAAUAGUCGUGAAAUGGCUGACCGGAGAAUGAGUUUUGUGCAAUUGGAAGAACCAUCGGAUAUAAGUUUUUUCGGUGAUGUUAGAAGUUUUGAUGGUGACAAUGAAAUGAAUGCCAUUGUUAAAUUUGUGAAACGAGCCGUUGAAUAUUUUGGCCAAAAUCAUGCCAUCCAAUUGACGGUGUCCAGUGAGACUGGAGCCCGCAUAAUUUCCAGUGAUAUGGAGCCACGUCGAAUUAUAAAGAGGAAGACCAGAAAAUGGAUGAUUCUACUGCCACUGAUCAUUUUGAUGAAAAUAACCCACCUGAAGAUGACAUUAGUCGGUCUAAUAUUGGGUGUUUUGGCCCUAAAUAUUUUGAUUGUGGGCGGAGGGGGUUGGUUGAUACACUACUUGAAGUUUAAGACGCUGUGUAAAAUUCAUCCACAAUUGGUGCAUCAUCAUUCGCAUGCCUAUGACUCGGAUCCGGCUGAUUAUUCAGCGUUUGUGGGCAGCACAUUCCCUGGCACAUCACAUGGCUCGUCGGUCAGCACGAAUACACAUGAAAUUCUAAAUCCCUACUACUAUUCAAAAGAUUGGAGUACCAGUAAAGCGUAUCAGGGAUACAAUUAUUUGGAUACGAUCAGAAAACGAAUACAAUAGCUAAAAAUUUUCGCAUAUCGUAACAUGUAUCGAUAUACUCGCAAAUAUUUUAUGAAAUUCCUGCGAUAUUUAACACCAAUAUUUGGUCAAGAUUUAUUAUUUGAUUUAACCACAAAUUUGU